UUACCGCGUACCAACGUCCAUCAACUUAAUUUUAAAUACAACAAAAAUGAAAAAAGUUACUUUCUGUGUGUAAAAUGAGGUAUAGUGGGCACCAAAAAAGGGGUCUCAACAAAAGCACCUACUCUAUCUUGUCUGUUGGUCGAUUGCAGUCAAACCACUGUUAACCGUCGUAGUUGAAUGUUCGUCCAGGAUUAGUUCCUAUAUAGUGAGCCGAAUUAUCUUCCGUUUUUAAUUUUUUUUUGUAUCUAUCUUACCCCCAUUCAGUGUGGAUAAGUUAUUCGUAAGAUUUUUCAACAUUUUAAGUGAAAAUAAAAAAAAAAUUGCAGAAAUGAUUGUAAAUUAAAAUAAAUUUAAAUCAUUUAUAAAAAUCCAUACCCUUAUACAAAAAAGUUCGUUACAUGAUCGUACGGUCUCAAAAGUGAUUGUGAAUUGAGAAAAAAAAAAAAUUCAAAAAUUAAGUGAAUUUAAUAGAUUUUCUUUUUCGAUAGAAAAUUUAAAUUUAUUAAAAAAUAAAUAAAAAAUUAAAAUUACAAAUAAAUCUGCAGUUUUGAGAAGGAAGCACCAAGAGAAAAUAAAAAAGAAUGACGCCGGUAAGUAGUGCUGGAUUGUUGCUCCUACUUUGUGUCGGCGGGACAUUUACUGCAGAUAUCCUGAUGGUGACAAUGGGCGGAACAAAAUCACACAAAAUUCCUUUUUGGGAGCUGGCCAAGGGGCUUAUUUCAAGAGGACACAACAUAACAUUUUUGAGCGGCUUCCCAGCUGAUUUCUCUAUCAAUGGAUUACAUGAGAUCACACCAUCUGGUUUAGUGGAAUAUAUACAAAACUAUACAAAUUGGGAUCUAUUAGGUGCUAGAAUGUCUGGAGAAAUGCCAAUUUCAUUUUGGGAUGGUAUUCGUUAUGCAUUUCAGUCUUGUGACGCAAUGCUUGAAGAUGCAGAAACCAAAGAACUAAUGAAUCGUAACUUUGAUUUGGCCAUUCUUGAUGGUGCUUACCCUGAGUGUGCCCUUGGCAUGGUGCGCCACUAUAAAAUUCCAUUCAUGUACAUGAACACAGUUGGCUUCUACACUGGAAGUCUAUCGUUUGCUGGAAACCCUGCUUCAUAUGCCAUUACUCCGAAUUUCUACUCAGCAUUCACCGAUAACAUGAAUCUGAUCGAAAGAGCUGUCAAUACCGCUAUGCAGUUGUCGUUUGCUAUGUUACAUAAGAUUGUCAUAGGGUUUGUCCAUAAGGUGUUACAGGACCGUCUCGGAUCAGACCAUCCACAUCCAUAUGAUAUAUCAAAGAAUGUUAGUUUUAUAUUACAGAAUGGCCACACUGUUGUGUCCUACCCGCGGGCACUAAACCCCAAUAUUGCCGAAGUUGCAUGUAUUCAUUGCAAACCGGCUCGACCACUGCCAAAGGACUUAGAGGAAUUCAUUGCAUCAGCGGGUGAAUCUGGUUUUAUUUAUGUUUCGAUGGGAUCUUCGGUAAAGGCGGCCAAUAUGCCAGAGUCACUACGCAGGCUGAUGGUUAAGACAUUUGCUCGUUUGCCAUAUCAUGUGCUAUGGAAAUGGGAAGGAAGUGCAUCUGAAAUGCAUGACUUAACUCCAAAUGUCAAGCUCAGUCGUUGGUUGCCUCAGCAAGAUAUUUUGGGACAUCGUAAGUUGCGAGCAUUUGUCACACAUGGUGGUUUGUUGAGUAUGUAUGAGACGGUGUACCAUGGUGUGCCUGUGGUGACAAUGCCUGUAUUCUGUGAUCAUGAUGUUAAUUCAGCUAAGGCGGAAGUUGAUGGUUAUGCUGUGAAAUUAAAUCUAGAAACUUUAACGGCUGAUAAACUGUAUAAGUCUAUAAUGAAAGUGAUACAUGAUCCAGCAUUCCGACAAGCUGCUAGAUUCCGUCAAAGGCUUCUUUUGGACCAAAGAAGUACGGCUCUUGAUACAGCAGUGUAUUGGACGGAAUACGUCCUACGUCAUAAUGGAGCUUAUCAUUUGCAGUCUCCCGCUCGAAAUUUGAGUUGGAUCCAAUACUAUCUGCUUGAUGUAUUUGCCUUGUAUUUCGCAGUAAUUGCCUUAUCUGUGUACAUUAUCAAACGUAUACUUCGAACAGAUGUGAUAGUAUCGUUAACCAACAAAGAAAAGAAACUUUAAUUAAGAAAGAAACUUAAUCCCAAGACAUCAAACACACCUUUGUUAAAUGCAAAAAUUGUACAAUAUUUUACUCCUCUGCGUGAUUAUUAUUUUUCAUCUCAAUUUAUUUUGGGCCUAAGAAUUUGUUUAAUUUAUUAUAAAACAAAAAUAAAUAUUUAAAAAAAAAAUACAAUUUGUGGGUGCAAUGUGAUUUCCCCGUAGUAGUCCCCAAAUUCACUUUUCGGCAUCAAAUUUAAAUUUAUUCAAUAUUGUAUUUUUUAAUUUGUAAAUAUGUAUUAAUUAAUAUUAAGAAAAAAAUAUGUAGUUAUAGUUUUAGUUUUAUGGUAAAAUUGAUAAAAAUUUAUCACAAAAAAAUAAAAUUGUAUUUCGUUGCAUGUUAAAAUUAAAAUAAAAAAGACCAAAGUUAAAUAAUUUCGAAUUGAUAUAACACUAUAAUUUGUCCAUGAUAUAUUAUUCUUAUUGUUUUAUAAAUGUAUGAUUGUAGAAUAAUAAUGGGUUUUAUGUUUGGUUAUAAAAUUAAUCGUAGGUAUACAUGCAUCUAUGUUAUACGAUAAAAUAAAAUAAAUUUGAGUUUAUUUUCGUUGAAAGAAAAACAAAGAAUAUUGUAUUUAAAAAUACAAAUAAACCAUAAAUUGCAAUCUUUUAUGUAGCAUAAUUUUUACUAAAAAAAACUUUGUGAUUUUUAUGUUUGUAAUUGUUAUUGAAUGAAAUAAAACUAUUUUAAAUUAA